GGGUCCGUCCCCUUAACCCCGGUUGUCUGUGGCGUGAGUGAGCUCCUGAGCUUGCCUCGGCACACAUCUUAUUAUUAAAAAAAAUAAAAAAUACAAAAAAAAAAUUACAAAAAACCUAAAAACAAGAAAAAAUCUUUUUGUAACUAAACUCGGUGAAGCAAGAAUACACAGACUGGACGAUACACCAAGCAAAAACAACGAGAAACUAAUCGAUGCGAUCUGGCUAGUUGGCUAGCUGGCUAACGUUGCUAAGGGGAAGGCCUACCUGAAUUUUAGAAUUGCGUUACAUUUUAGCUAGUAAGCUAAGUAGCUAGCAUUCUAGUAUCCUUGUCAGUCAGUCUGUCAACGUAAAGUUUUAAGAUUUUUACUUUUAACGGGCGUUUGUGGAAAGCCAACAAUUUAACGAAAUUACUUCGCUGGCGAACACAUUUUUUUUUUACCUGGGAAGAUUAGCUGCGUAACUUAAGCAUUGGGCGAAGUUAACUUCCCUAGUUAGCAGAACCAGUCGUAAAAUUGCCAGAUCCAACAAUUUGUCAUUUAGUCUUGCAUGUUGGGAUUUAUUUUAUCGUUAGCUAGAUAAAACGAAAUAUUAGCUUUUUAUUACGGUACUCGUCGCGCUAAAUUUGUUACGGAACCACCACGCACGAUGAAUCCAAGUGCUCCCAGUUACCCGAUGGCCUCCUUGUAUGUCGGGGAUCUUCACCAAGAUGUCACCGAAGCCAUGCUGUACGAGAAAUUUAGCCCCGCUGGGCCCAUCUUGUCUAUCCGGGUGUGCAGAGAUAUGAUCACUCGGCGUUCCCUCGGAUAUGCCUAUGUCAAUUUUCAACAGCCAGCCGAUGCUGAGCGUGCUCUGGACACAAUGAAUUUUGAUGUAAUCAAGGGCAGGCCCGUCCGCAUCAUGUGGUCUCAGCGCGACCCCUCCCUGAGGAAGAGUGGAGUGGGCAACAUAUUCAUCAAGAAUCUCGACAAAUCCAUUGACAACAAGGCUCUCUAUGAUACCUUCUCUGCCUUUGGCAACAUCUUGUCCUGUAAGGUGGUUUGUGAUGAGAAUGGCUCAAAGGGCUAUGGCUUUGUGCACUUUGAGACCCAGGAGGCUGCCGAGAGAGCCAUUGAGAAAAUGAACGGCAUGUUGCUCAAUGACAGAAAAGUGUUCGUCGGGCGCUUCAAGUCCCGCAAAGAGCGUGAAGCCGAGCUCGGCGCCCGGGCCAAAGAGUUCACAAAUGUCUACAUCAAAAACUUUGGGGACGACAUGGAUGACGAGAAGCUAAGAGACUUCUUUGGCAAAUACGGGCCAGCCCUGAGCAUUAGGGUCAUGACCGACGACAGUGGCAAAUCCAAGGGCUUCGGGUUUGUCAGCUUUGAGAGGCACGAAGAUGCGCAGAAGGCUGUGGAUGACAUGAACGGGAAGGAGAUGAACGGCAAGCUGGUGUACGUGGGCCGCGCGCAGAAGAAGGUGGAGCGGCAGACGGAGCUGAAGCGCAGGUUUGAGCAGAUGAAGCAGGACCGCAUGACCCGCUACCAGGGGGUCAAUCUGUACGUGAAGAACCUGGACGACGGUCUUGAUGACGAACGGCUGCGGAAGGAGUUCUCGCCCUUCGGAACCAUCACCAGUGCUAAGGUGAUGAUGGAGGGCGGCCGCAGCAAGGGCUUCGGCUUCGUGUGCUUCUCAUCGCCGGAGGAGGCCACCAAGGCGGUGACGGAGAUGAACGGGCGCAUCGUGGCCACCAAGCCGCUGUACGUGGCCCUGGCCCAGCGCAAGGAGGAGCGGCAGGCCCACCUCACCAACCAGUACAUGCAGAGGAUGGCCACCGUGCGCGCCGUGCCCAACCCCGUCAUCAACCCCUACCAGCCCGCCCCGCCCUCCGGAUACUUCAUGGCCGCCAUCCCGCAGGCACAGAAUCGUGCAGCGUACUACCCUGCCAGCCAGCUGGCACAGCUGAGACCCACCCCCCGCUGGGCUACCCAGGGAGUGAGACCCCAGCAUUUCCAGAACAUGCCCAAUACCAUGCGGCCCUCGGGCCCCCGACCCCAGACAUUCAGCACCAUGAGGCCGACCGCCUCCCAGGUGCCCCGCAUGAUGACCUCCCAGAGAGUCGCCGCCCAGACGAUGGGGCCCCGGCCCUCCGGCGCAGCUGCCGUGGCGGCGGCCCCCGUGCGCGGCAUCCCCCAGUACAAGUACGCCACCGGGGUGCGCAACCCUCAGCAGCACCUCAACACACAGCCCCAGGUGGCCCUGCAGCAGCCUGCCGUCCACGUGCAGGGCCAGGAGCCCCUCACCGCCUCCAUGCUGGCAGCUGCACAGCCUCAGGAGCAGAAGCAGAUGCUCGGCGAGCGGCUCUUCCCCCUCAUCCAGAACAUGCACCCCAGCCUGGCAGGAAAGAUCACAGGCAUGCUGCUGGAGAUCGACAACUCCGAGCUCCUCCACAUGCUGGAGUCUCCCGAGUCCCUCCGCUCCAAGGUGGAUGAAGCCGUCGCUGUGCUGCAGGCCCACCAGGCCAAGGAGGCCGCCCAGAAAUCUGUGCCCAACGCCACCGGCGUUCCAAGUGUCUGAGCCAAGGACCAGAUGUCUUGACUUGCUUCACCGAGGAAAAAAAGUUAAAACACACAAAACAUUGCAAAAAGAAAGAAAACGGUGUCUAAAAAAAGAGGAAAAAUAUGAUCAAAUGAUCGCUUCAGCCAGGUCUAGAUAAGCUUAAGCCUAGGCCUAGUUAAUGAAAAAUAUAAAAAUGGAAAAAAAUUAAAACAAAAAAUAAAAAAGUUGGCGCUUGAAAAAUGAUUCCACAAAAUGAAAGCAUUCCUUUUAAUUCCUUUUACCGUGUGAAUGCCUGGAAUAUUGAGAGCCAGAAGGCAGUGAGAACUGUUUGCUGUGCUUUGAGAAGUAAUUUGAAUUGAAACCUGCUUGCUUUAAUAAAACUGUUAAAAAUA